GAUGGCUGCCCUCCGGAUCACCGCGGGUCACCCAAGCCCCUGGGUCGGGGCAGGAGGAAAGCAGAAAGGGCGCGGGAGCUCUGGGGAGAGGAGGGAGAGGGGUUUUCUCCCCGCUGCCUGGGUUGGGACGUGGUGGUGGUGGUGACCCUGACCCAGGUAGGGAGAGGCGGCGGGGGUGGCCGGGUGCCAGGAGGUGGCAGGGGCAGGGUGGGGCGAUCCCGGCAUCGCCGCCUUCCCCGGCAAGCGGCUUUUCAUCAGUCGCAGCUGAAACUUAAACAAACCAUAAAGCCCGGGCGCUGGCACUGCGUGGCUGGGCCCUAGGGCAGACGUGCGCGCACAGAGGUGCCGGAGGACAGGGUAAGUGCUUCGUCUCCGCUUCAUCCUCCAGAGCCCCUCUGGCCCCUCAUGGGCACCUCCUGCCUGUCCCCCCCUACCCCGCUGCUCAUCCCCGGGACUCCCCAUCCCUCCUCGGUGCUCUCCCACAGCUCUUUCCUUCCGGGCAGGAGCUGGCAGGUGCUUGAUUUUUUCUCCCCGCGUUUCCUGCUCGGAGGCAGGAGGCAGGGCAGCCCGGGUAGCCCUGCACCCCAAUGACACCCACAGCCCUUCUCUGUGCCCAGGUGUCCACCGGCGCCGCCACGAUGGAGCUGGGGAACAUCUCGCAGCCCGCGUAUGGCCCUGGCCCCGAGGCGCCGGGGAGCAGCACGCCGGGCCUGGUGGGGAUGGUGCACGGCUUCCUGCAGCUGGUGCAGCCCAAGGACCUGCCCAUAGAACUGAUUGCAGAUUUUGGGCAGCCCCAGGCUGAGGAGACCAUGGAGGAGCAAGUCCAGGAGCUGCUUCUCUACGAACUGGGUUUCCUGGUCUGCAUGGCCAUCGGGCUCCUCUUCAUCAUCCUGGUGCCCCUGGUGGGAUGCUGCUUCUGCUGCUGCCGCUGCUGCGGGAACUGCGGGGGCCGCAUGUACCAGAAGCAGGGCCAGCACACGGGCUGCCGGCGCCGGGCACUCUGGGUCUCCGUCCUGCUGGUCUCAGCUCUCCUCCUGGCUGGUGGUAUCUGUGCCUUGGUCAGCAACACCCGCUUCUCCCAGGCCGUGCACGGCACCUUCCCCAAUGUCAACAACACCCUGGACGACGUCCGUGCCUACCUGGCUUCCAUCCCCAAGCAAAUCAAUUUUAUCAUCGACAGCAGCGACGUCCCGCUAAGCCACGCCAACAGCAGCCUCCAGGAGAUCGGGCCCAACCUGGGCGGCAUGAUCGUCUUGGGCAUCAGGAGCGGCACGGAUGAGGCUCUGGGAUCCCUCCAGGACCUCUUGCAAGGGAUGGAGAUGUUGGCGGCCACCUUCGGCAGCAUCUCCAGCACUCGUUUGCGCCUCGAGGAGCUGCAGAGCAGCUACAGCCAGCGGCUGGCCAACCUGCGGGACGGCCUCAGCCAGACCCUGCAGGACUGCGGCCGCCCCUGCGGCAACGUGUCCCUGGACGGCCUGGCCUUCAGCGCCAACUUCAGCACGAUCCCCAGUGUGGAGCAGCAGCUGGAGGCACUGGAAGGUGUGUCUGGCUCCAACAUAACAGCCGAUUUAGAGAAGGUUAACAGCACACUGGACUCGACCCCCGCCAAGGUGCAAGAGCAGUCCCAGGACAUGGUGACAAAGGCCCAGGAGCAGCUGGGCCUCAUCAGGCAGGAGAUCAGGAGCUUGCAGGAGGAGUUGCCACUCCUGGAAGUGGAGGAGAACGUGGGGGCUGUUGUGGACAAUGUCACAUCGGUGCUGGAGCAGUACAGGGAGCCGAUCAUCAGCUUGGAUGGGCUCAGGUGGAGCAUCUGUGUCCUCCUGUGCUGCAUGGUGCUGCUGGUGGUCCUCUGCAACGUCAUCGGGCUGCUGUUGGGCCCCCUGGGGCUGAAGGAAAAUGUGCUGCCCACGCAGCGCAGCUGCCUCUCCAACGCCGGCGGGAACUUCUUCAUGGCAGGGGUUGGCUUCAGCUUCAUCUUCUCCUGGCUGCUGAUGCUGCUGGUGCUGAUCACCUUCGUGCUGGGGGGGAACACCUACACGCUCCUCUGCGAGUCCUGGCGCAGCCAGCAGCUCUUCCAGCUCCUGGACACCCCCGGUCUGAUCCCUGGCUUCAACCUCUCCGAGCUGCUGGGCCAGGAGGGUGGCACAACAAACUUCUCGGAGAUGUACAGGCAGUGCCAACAAGACGCUGCCCUGUGGCAAACGCUGCACUUGGACCAGAGCGUGUCCCUGGACGAGCUCUUGAACAUCAGCCAGUACACAGGAGAGAUCUCCACAGCCUUCGAGAAGGUGAACAUCACCCUGAGCCCCAUCUCGCUGCUCAGCCAGGACCAGGGAGACUUGCUGCUGAACGCCAGCCGGGCUGGGCAGCCCCCCAACUUCACCCUCACCCUGGAGCAGCUGGAUCAGACCGUGACCCAGGGAAGCCUCCUGGAUCUGGCUGCAGAGCUGGAGGAGCUGGCAAACAAAGCGGACGCGGGCGUGAAAGAUAAACUGAAGGCUGAUGCUCGCAGUCUGAGGGAGCUGGACAAGGAGAUGCAGACGAAAUUCCCUGGGCUGCUGCAAAGCCUGAAGGAGAACAUCCACUCGGUGCAGAGCGGGGCUGACCUGCUCGAGGAACAGACAAAAACUGCGCUGGACAAAGCCAACAAGACCCAGGAGUUUCUGGAGAGGGAGACGGCAAACAUCAUCAAGAACGAGACAUGGGCUUUCCUGGAGGAACUGUUGGACUUCUUUGAAACCUACAUCUCCUGGGCCAAGAGCAGGCUGACAGAAGACGUGGCACGUUGCAAGCCCAUAGCUCAGACCCUGGAUAAUGUGGAGGUCAUCACCUGCGACUACAUCCUGGACUCCCUGAACGCCUUCUGGUUCAGCCUGGGCUGGUGCACCGUCUUCCUGCUGCCCAGCAUCAUCCUGGCCGUCAGACUCGCCAAGUUUUACCGCCGUAUGGACAUUGCUGAUGUCUAUAGGAAUGAAGUCUUGGAGAUGCCACCCGCGUUCAACUUAUACAAAAUCCCCCGGCCGUCCACGAGGCAUUAGCCCCCAUUGCCCACAGCACGGGCACGGAGGAGAUGGACACGGCUGCUCCGUCUGCUGCACCUUCUCCCUGGGUGCUGGGGAGCAGGUUGGGACCCCUCGCCUGAAACCCCCUCCCUAAUUCCCGUUAUGUGAUGAUGCCCUGGUAUAUAUAUAUAUGUGUGUGUGGGCUGCUCCUUGCACUGCCCCAGGUGGGACUUCAGCCCCUGCCCCAGGCCCUGGGGGCUCAGGGCAGCUUGUACUGUCCAUGCCACCCCAGCCUGUGCUGCUGGCCAGCAGGAACCCGCCCACCCAGGCCCCUCGCUUGAAAAAUGUGACUAUUUAUUUUUGCAGGGAGCCUGACUCUUUCCAAGGCUGCAAUUUUUUGGUGUCAAAC